CCUGGUACAUUUCAGUGAGUGGUGGUCGGAGUUACCUACCGCAGAGGAGAAAUGACAGCGGACCGAACCGUCACGGUCCCCCCCAGCAGAUCCGUGGCACCGCAUGUUUUGGGGUUCUGGGGGACCAUCCUUCUGCUGUUGUCUCUGGGUGGAUUUGGGGCUACAGCGGAGAAUGACUUCAAUCUGGUGCGGCCACUGGUGACCAUGGAGCAGCUACUGUGGGUGAGCGGGAAGCACAUCGGGUCAGUGGACACUUUCCGAAUCCCACUCAUCACAGUCACCCCUCAAGGGACUCUCCUUGCUUUUGCUGAGGCCAGAAAGAUGUCUUCAUCAGACUUGGGAGCCAAAUUCAUCGCUAUGAGGAGAUCCGUGGACCAGGGCAGCACAUGGUCUCCUACAGCCUUCAUUGUAGGAGAUGGGGAGACCCCUGAUGGGCUGAACCUAGGGGCAGUGGUGAACGAUAAGGAGACGGGAAUAAUAUUCCUCUUCUACAGCCUCUGUGCUCACAAAAUUGGCUGCAAUGUAUCCUCCACCAUGUUGGUGUGGAGCAAGGAUGAUGGCAUUUCAUGGAGUCCACCCCGGAACCUCUCCUUGGACAUUGGAACUGAGAUGUUUGCUCCUGGACCUGGUUCUGGCAUUCAGAAACAGCGGGAGCCGAAAAAGGGACGUCUUAUUGUGUGUGGGCAUGGAACACUGGAGCGGGAUGGGGUCUUCUGCCUCCUCAGCGAUGACCACGGUGCCACCUGGCAGUAUGGGACUGGGAUCAGUGGCAUUCCCUUUGGCCAGCCCAAGCGAGAUUUUGAUUUCAACCCUGAUGAGUGUCAGCCCUAUGAGCUCCCCGAUGGCUCAGUCGUUAUUAAUGCCCGGAACCAGAACAACUAUCACUGUCACUGCCGAAUUGUCCUUCGCAGCUACGAUGCCUGCGACACACUGAGGUUGCGAGAUGUCACCUUCGAUCCUGAGCUCAUAGACCCCGUGGUGGCCGCGGGAGCUGUGGCCACCAGCUCUGGCAUUAUCUUCUUCUCCAACCCAGCGCAUACAGAGUUCAGAGUGAACCUGACCUUGCGCUGGAGCUUCAGUAACGGCACUUCAUGGCAGAAAGAGACGGUGCGGCUGUGGCCGGGGCCUAGUGGCUACUCCUCACUGGCUUCCCUGGAAGGCAACAUAGCGGGGGAGAACCAGGCCCCCCAGAUCUACGUCCUGUAUGAGAAAGGUCUGAACCAAAUCACAGAGAGCAUCUCCCUGGCCAAAAUCAGCGUCUAUGGAACACUCUGAGGACUACAAUGGCUGGAAGGGGAGAGCCUCUGAAGGGGAGACAGUUCCACUUUCCCCUGAACACUAGUCUUUUGCAAUGUCAGCUUCUCGCAAACAGGAACAUUACUUCAUUGGGACUCAUGGACUAAAAAGUCCAACUUUUCAACACCCACUUGGGAGGUGUUGUUCUUUUUCAGGAGUGCUCCCUGCCAAGAGACUGGAGCUGGCCCCUCUUGACCCUUCUGCCUUCCCAAGACAGUGAUUGGUCUGUGGGCAGGGGUAGGAGGGUAUGGAAGUUGGAGAAAAUGUGAACUCAGGGAAUUGGGGAAGGCUGAACUUCCUCUUAGGGGU